CACACGCGUACCUGCCGACCCACCCACCCACCUGCUGCCUGCCUAAUCCUCGCCGGGACAAUCAAUCAGCCAGCCCCAGGGCGAUCGCAGCCGCUCCCAUCAAGGACGUCCCUGAUCUCGGUGAAACAAGGUAGCUGGCCGUUCUUCCCGGCCGGGGCCGGCAGUCUCUUUCGGAUCCGUGUUCAUAGGAUCGGUCGGUCGGACGACACGCUCUCCGCAGUCCGCACACGCGGGCGCCGCACCGCCGGCGAUCCGAUCCCGGCCGUGGCCGAGGAAUAACACGAUCUCCACGAACGCGGACGUGUCGCCUCAGAUCCGUUGGAUUGUCAAGACCACCGCUUUGGCCAAGUCAAAGCUUGGACAAAACUAGCACAAAAAAUCCAAAAAAUACUAGAAAAACCGGGAGAAAACCAGCCAAAAACCAAAGAAAAAUAUAACAAAAACACCAGGAACAAAGAAAACCAGAUCAAGCCCAGCCCAAUCCAGGCCACGACCCGGCAGCAGUAUAUAAGGAACCAAGCGCGAUGCGGAAGUGGACGAAGAAGCUGGGCCACACUCUCUCCCGCCUCAUCACCUCCAAGCCCGCCUUCGCCUUCUCCCGGCCCAGGCCCACCCCUCCCGCUCCUCCCCCUCCGCCCCCCGUCUCCUCGAUCCCGCCGCAGCCGCCGGAGCUCCUCCCCUUCCCCACCUCCGCGAUGCCGCACCACGGCAGCCACCGCCCGCCGCCCCACGCCCCGGGGGGCCACGUGUUCCCGCGCGCCACCUCCACGGUGCUCCCCGACCCAUCCCGCUUCUUCGCGCCGCCGCUCCUCGCCGCGCCGCUCCCCACCAACUCCUUCUUCCAGAACUUCGUGCUCAAGAACGGGGACCAGCCGGAGUACUUCCACCCCUACUCCAUCCGGUCACCCGGCGGGGCGGCGCUGGACGUCUGCUACCCGACGCGGAACCACUCGCCGUCCUUCGUUAUCCAGACCUUCGUCCCCGACCUCACCAUCUCCGACGCCGCCGGGAGCGCGCAGCGCCACCGCAUCUCGGCCUUCGACGACCUCUCCGUGACGCUCGACGUCUCCCCGUCGCUCCGGGCGCACCUCGUCCGUGGCUGCCCCUACGUCACCGUCGUCACCACGGCGGGGCCCGUCGACGUCUCCGUCGCGUCCGUCCACGCCUUCAUCGAGGUGGCCCCCUGCGACGACGACGGCACCAAGUGGCGCCUCCGGAUGAACAGCGGCCAGACGUUCCUCCUGUACGCGUCGGCGCCGAUCCGCCUCGAGCAGGCCGGCACCACGCAGCUCUCGGCGCCCAGGUUCGCCGGCGCCAUCCGGGUCGCCUACCUCCCCGACGCGUCCAUGGAGCCGGUCCUCGACCGCCACAGCGGCUGCUUCCCGACCGCCGGGGACGCCGCGCUGAACCGGGCGUUCUGCGUUGACUACGCCUGGCGCAAGGAGGGGCCCGGCGAGCUGCUGAUGCUCGCGCACCCGCUCCACCUCCGGCUUCUCUCCGACGACUGCGCCGUCCGGGUGCUCGACGACUUCCGGUACCGGAGCAUCGACGGCGACCUGGUGGGCGUGGUCGGCGACGCGUGGUCCCUCCGCGCCGACCCGGUCUCCCCAACGUGGCACUCGACCCGCGGCGUCAGCGAGGACGGCGUGGCAGAGGUGGUCGCCGCGCUCCGCGCCGACGUGGCCGGCCUCGCGUCGACCCCCAUCACCACUACUUCCUCCUACUUCUACGGCAAGGCCAUCGCGCGCGCGGCUCGGCUGGCGCUGAUCGCGGAGGAGGUCGGGUGCCCCGACGUCAUCCCGGCGGUGCAGAGCUUCCUUAAAGCCACCGUGACGCCGUGGCUGGACGGCAGCUUCCAGGGGAACGGCUUCUUCUACGACGCGAAGUGGGGCGGCCUGGUGACGCUGCAGGGUCUCAGGGACUCGGGCGCCGACUUCGGGUUCGGCAUCUUCAACGACCACCACUACCACCUGGGCUACUUCCUGUACGCCAUCGCGGUGCUGGCCAAGACCGACCCCUGCUGGGGCCGCAAGUACAUGCCGCAGGCCUACUCCAUGGUCGCCGACUUCAUGACGCUGUCGCGCAACAGGCCCGGUGGCAGCUUCACCCGGCUCCGGAUGUUCGACCUCUGGAAGCUCCACUCGUGGGCCGGCGGUCUCACCGAGUUCGCCGACGGGCGCAACCAGGAGAGCACCAGCGAGGCCGUGAACGCCUACUACUCCGCGGCACUGGUCGGGCUGAGCUACGGCGACGCGCACCUGGUCUCCGUCGGUGCGACGCUGACGGCGUUCGAGGCGCUGGCGGCGCAGACGUGGUGGCACGUGCGGGCCGGGGAGGGGAUCUACGAGGAGGACUUCGCCGGGAGCAACCGCGUGGUCGGGGUGCUGUGGGCGAACAAGCGCGACAGCGGGCUGUGGUUCGCGCCGCCCGAGUGGAAGGAGUGCCGGCUGGGGAUCCAGCUGCUGCCGCUGCUGCCCGUCAGCGAGGCGCUGUUCCCGGACGCGGCGUUCGUGAGGGACCUGGUGGCGUGGACGCUGCCGGCGCUGGCGCGGGACGGCGUGGGCGAAGGGUGGAAGGGGUUCGUGUACGCGCUGGAGGGGGUUUACGACAGGGAGGGCGCGCUGGCCAAGACCCGGGCGCUCACGGGCCACGACGACGGCAACUCGCUGACGAACCUGCUGUGGUGGCUCCACAGCCGCGGCAGCGUCGUCGCCGGGGACGGGGACGCCGGGUUCGGCAGGUGCUGCUGGUACCGCCAGUACUGCCACUGACCGUUCGUUCCCCGUGGAGGUGGAGCGGUGGCCUGGCCGGCGCGAGUGACCGUUGCUGCUCUGCGUAUCUGCUAGUGGAGCAGGGAGUGUUGAGUUGUUGUCUUGUUGAUACGGUUGAAAAGUCAUGGUGGUGGUGGUUGUUCGUUCGUUGUGGUUAUUACGCACGCAUCAUGAUACUACACACUUCCCUGGCUUAUUUU